AUGGGGAGUUCAAGCUUGUUUGCGAUAGUGUUUCUUUCAUGGGUUUUCUUUAUCUCAAGGACAAAUCAAUUACAAACUUAUGAAUCCCAAGUUCUUCUCCAGCUGAGGAAGCAUUUGGAGUUCCCUGUGCCAUUGGACAUAUGGGAAAAUUACAAUGGUGAUUUGUGUAACUUGGCUUCAACCCCUCAUAUGAGCAUCACAUGCCAAAACAAUUCUGUCUCCGAGCUCAAAAUUAUGGGAGAUAAGCUUGGCAAGGUUAGUGAAUUUUAUGGAUCUGCAGUUCCCAACCAAACCUUAUCCAAGAGUUUCUCCAUUGAUUCAUUUGUCACUACCUUGACAAGGCUAACUAGCUUAAGGGUCCUUGGCUUGGUGUCUUUGGGGAUUUGGGGUCCCCUUCCUGAUAAAAUUCAUCGGCUAUAUUCGCUUGAAGUUUUGGAUAUGAGUUCAAAUUUUAUGUUCGGUUCUAUUCCUCCUCAGAUAUCUAGACUAGUGAAACUUCAUACUUUGAUAUUUGAUGGGAAUUUCUUCAAUGACACUGUCCCUGAUUGGUUGGAUUCACUGACAAACCUCACUGUUUUGAGCUUGAAGAACAACCGGUUGAAGGGUCAGUUUCCUUCCUCAAUAUGCAGAAUUAUGACACUCACUGGCAUUGCUUUGUCUCACAAUGAGCUUUCUGGUAACUUACCUGAUAUGAGUACCUUAUCUGGUUUACAUUUGCUGGAUUUAAGGGAGAACCAUUUGGAUUCUGAAUUACCUUCCUUGCCCAAAGGAUUGACUACUGGUCUUUUGAGCAAGAACUCGUUCUCAGGUAAGAUUCCAGAACAAUUUGGGGAAUUAUAUCAGCUUCAGCACCUUGAUCUAUCAAACAAUUUUCUCACUGGAACACCACCGGACGUGUUAUUCUCUUUGCCAAACAUCAGCUACUUAAAUUUGGCAUCCAAUAAGCUAAGUGGGUUACUUCCUAACCAUUUAAGUUGUGGGGAUGAACUUGGGUUUGUUGAUAUUUCUUCUAACAGGUUGGUAGGUAGACUUCCUUCUUGCUUGGAUACUACUUCAAAUAAUAGAAUUGUUAAGUUUGGUGGAAAUUGCUUGUCCAUUGACACCCAACAUCAGCAUCCAGAGUCAUACUGCAAAGAAGCCAAUAUGGAGAAGGGACGAUCAAGGGGAGAAGCAAUAGGGAGAUAUCGCUCACGAGGGUGCAUGGAGCAGCAUACAUCACCAAAGAUUGUGCAAGAUAAUUCCACUUCGGGGAUUUCCUCUGAAUUCCUUGCAAAUGCCAGGAUCAUAUCUCAAGCAGCAAAAUUAGGGUCACAAGGUUCCAUAGCAGGUCGAGUGUUUCCCUUGGAAGAAUUAGAAGAAGCCACGAACAAUUUUAAUCAGUCAUCAUUUUUGGGUGAAGGCUCAAUUGGGAAGCUUUACAAGGGGAGAUUAGAGAAUGGGACUUAUGUUGCAGUUAGAUCUCUUACGUUGCUCAGAAAAUAUUCAAUUCGAAACCUUAAAAUGCGGUUGGAUCUGCUUUCAAAGCUUCGCCACCCACAUCUGGUUAGUCUUUUGGGACAUUGCAUUGAUGGUAGUGGGCAAGACGAAUCUACUGCCAGUAGGGUCUUCCUCGUGUAUGAAUAUGUGCCAAAUGGGAACUUCCGAGCUCAUCUCUCAGGUCAGCGAAAACACAAACCUACACUUAGCUUUCUUAUACAAAAGAAUGUCUGUACAGAAGUGUAUGGGCAUAUGCAUAAACAGAGGUAA